GUCCGGUCUUGCUGGGGAAUUCGGUUGCUGCCUCUGUGGUCUCCGUGAAAUCAGGGGACCUCGGGACAGACCUGUACACCCAGAGGGGCUGGAGGUGACCAUGCUGUGGAGGGAGCAGCCCUGCUCGCCCUAGCACCGCCGCGCUCUGACAGCUCCCCCGGGGCGCUGCACGCCUCUGGGUCUUCCUGCUUCUUACCCGAGACGGAGCGGAAGUGUCUCCUCGCGUUGGAUCGUCCCUCUUGUGCAGGUUUUGCCUUCUGGAACCUUUCAAGGUGAGGACUCGGGUGAAAGCCCUGCGGACGUCUGAUGAUACGGUAUGUCUGAUGCCUCACGCACCUCCUCCCCCCAAUCCUGGAGAGCCUGCCGUGCGGCUGCCAGGCCUGAGGAGCACGUCAGACGUGGUCUCUGCUGGGAUGGGGCAGAUAGACUCCAGUCAGCAGGUAAGGAAGAGCCGGGAGGAAGGGUCGGUGCUGUGGGCCUGCGUUAGGGGGGAGGUGACCCUCUAAAAGGGGCUCCUCACAAGCGGGAGCGGGUACGGCUGAAGCAAGCAGGCAGGCUGGGCUUGCAGGCUGAAGGGAAAGCUUUUUCUGCACAUAUGCAACACCUCACGUGUGCAUUUUCACGCCAACCCAUUGUCCGGUUGUCUGCGGUCACAGACUGGGCGUCAGCUCCGACGCCAACUACAGGAGUCCAAGCAGACCCCACAGGUUCGGCUCAGACACCAGCCACAGCUCACCUGCGCCUCUGUCCAGCUGGGCUGCAAAUAAGAGACUCCCAUGCCCCGUCUCGGGUUUGGUAACUCGCUGUAACGGCUUCCCAAACCCAGGGCGAGUUUCUUUCCAUUAACCGAUUUAUUACAAAGGCUAUAUUACAGGAUGUGGAUGAACAGCCAGAUGGAGAGUCCCGGGCACAGGAGCUUCGGUCCCCAUGGAGAGCGGGGUGCGUCACCAGCCCGGAAGUUCUCUGAACCCCUUCAGUUCGGAUUUUUGUGGAGGCUUCACUAUGGCGUGCGUGCUGGUCGGACCAUCAGCACUGGAACAUCCCUGGUUACGUGUGCAGCCGGGUCCGAGGAGCCUGGCCCAGAGGGCCUCACCUCCACCUCCCUGCUGGACCUCCUGCUGCCCACUGGCCUGGAGCCGCUGGACUCGCAGGAGCCCAGCGAGGCCAUGGGACUGGGGACUGGCCUGGGAGCCCCUGGCUCUGGCUUUGCCAGCGAAGAGAGCGAAGAGUCCCGCAUCCUGCAGCCGCCGCAGUACUUCUGGGAGGAGGAGGAGGUGCUGAACGACUCUAGUCUGGACCUGGGACCCACUGCAGAUUACGGUUUCCCAGACCUGACUGAGAAGGCUGGUCCCGUAGAGGAUACGGGCCAGAGUCAAGAGGGGGCGAGCCUCCCGUCUCCCCUGCCCAAGAUGAGCCUGGUGGAGCCACCCUGGCGUGUGGUCCCUGCAGAGGAGGAAGAGGCGGAGCAGCUGCUGCCUGUGACCAGAUCCCAAGAAGAACCCCGAAGUCAGGUCCACGGCUUUCCUCCCACCGGCAGCAGCCAGACCCCAGGGGCCCCCGAACACCGGCACGAAGAGUCUGGGGACCAGGCCUCCUCGGGUGUGGAGGUGGGGAGCAGCAUGGAGCCAAGCCUUUCCCCGCCCACAGUCGCCCCAAGUCCAGUGACCCUGGGGGGUCAGGAUGUGGCCGACUGGGGGGCAGGGGGCACGGCGUUGCCAGCCGCAGGGCACGGGCUAGAGUUGGAGGCCCCUUGGGAGCCCAGUGAGGAGGCCACUGCGGAAACAGCUGGCUUGGCUGGCCGGCCGGGGGAGGGACCGUCCCCGGCCUCGUUCUCUCAGACAGAAGCUCCCGGCGGGGCUGAGGCCGCAGACGAAGACCCCACGCACCCUGGAGCCUCAGCCUCUUUCUCACUGGCUCCUGGAGACACGGAGCUGACACCUUCCUCUGCUGCCGUGGGACGGGAAACCCUAAGCCAGCUGCCCCAGGAAGGGCAGACCGCCGACACUCCGUCUAGAACACCCUGGGACUCCACGCAGGUGAUCUGCAAAGACUGGAGCAACCUAGCCGGAAAGAACUACAUCAUCCUGAACAUGGCGGAGAACGUGGACUGUGAGGUGUUCCGGCGGCACCGGGGGCUGCAGCUCCUGGCCCUGGUGGAGGAGGCGCUGCCCCGCCACGGCCGCAGCCGCCACGGGGACUGGCACAUCUCCCUGAGCAAGCCCAGCGAGAAGGAGCGGCACCUGCUGAUGACCUUGGUGGGCGAGCAGGGGGUGGUGCCCACUCAAGACGUCCUCUCCAUGCUGGGCGACAUCCGCAGGAGCCUGGUGGAGAUUGGCAUCCAGAACUACUCCACCACCGGCAGCUGCCAGGCGCGGGCCAGCCAGGUACGCAGCGACUACGGGACGCUCUUUGUGGUGCUGGUGGCCAUCGGCGCCAUCUGCGUCAUCAUCAUCGUGCUCGGCCUGCUCUAUAACUGCUGGCAGCGCCGGCUGCCCAAGCUGAAACACGUGUCGCACGGCGAGGAGCUGCGCUUCGUGGAGAACGGCUGCCACGACAACCCCACGCUGGACGUGGCCAGCGACAGCCAGUCGGAGAUGCAGGAGAAGCAGCCCAGCCUGAACGGCGGCGGCGCCGUCAACGGCCCGGGGGGCUGGAGCGCGCUCAUGGGGGACAAGCGCGACCCCGAGGACUCGGACGUAUUCGAGGAGGACACGCACCUGUGAGGGGCUGUGCCCCGCCCGGCCCUCGGCGCGGGGUCCCCGCUUUCCCCCGACUCACGACGCACCUCGGCCCCAUCCCCGUCCCCACCCGACGCCCCGAGGGGCUGCCCCGGGACCCCA